AUGAGUUCUGUGAAUGAGCUAUUAAAUUACUUUGUGGUUAAUGACGAUAAGGACGAUGUGGCCAAGGGAGGAGAGGGAGCCAAGUCACGGGCUGAGCAACUGGAGAGGGAGAGACAGAAGGAAAACGAAAAGGCGGUCGUCCGGAGGUACUUCCCAGGAAAGAAACCCCACUACGCGAAAAACGCAAAGGAGGAGGACGAUGGGGAGGAUGAUGAUGAGGAAGAGGAUACCGUCCAUGCGGGUAACGAUGCUCUGACAGAAUAUUUACAGAAACAAGGCCACGCACAAAGGAGUGGACAUACGGAUAGGGAUCCUGGGAGUGACCUGCCAAAUGCCCGUGGCCAUGUCGACUCCAGAUAUGAGAGACUCAAAAAUAAAAGUAUCAAGGGAGACGAACGGGAAAGAAUCACCCGACGGGUUCGAGAAGUAAAGGUUAUCAAUCACCCGGAGGAAGUGAAGGAAGAAGGGACCCAAAAAUCGCAAAGAGGGGAGGAAGAAGAAGCAGACAAUUAUGAGAAGUACUUUCCCGUAGGAGAGGAAGAACAGGAACGUGAUACGGAGGAAGAAGAUGAAGCAGACGCUGAGGAUGAAUCUAGUAACUCUACUGAUGAUCAAUCAGAUGAGGAGUCUGACGAUGAAAACUACAUGAACGGAGAGGAUGGAAACGCUCCGAUGAAACACGAGUAUGUGUUUAAAACGAAAAGAAAGACACUAUUAGAAACACAGGAAAAGGAAAAAAGCGAGAAUCUACUAUUAAAAGGUGAGGAGAGCGAAAAAAAAAUAAUUGAACUGGAGAAAAAAGAAAAGGCAAUAGAGGAAACCAUAUACAACGACAUAAUGAUAGAACAAAUGAAGAAUCAGAAAAAUAACUUGUUCUCAUCUGAUGAGAAUUUCGAUAACGACGAGGAUGAUCAGGAAGAGCCAAAUGAAGAAGAAUACCAACUGUGGAAGAUUCGUCACCUGAACAGACUAAAGAGAGACGAACUCGACAGGAAGAAGCAUGAACUUGUAAAAGACGAAAUAAGCGAAAGGAGGAAAAUGACAGACAGAGAAAUAAUGGAACAAAAUAAAUUCCUUCCACACAAGGAGAAGAAGAAGAAAAAGAAAAUGCUCUUUAUGCAAAAGUACUAUCACAGAGGAGGAUUUUUUCAGGAUCUCUUUGAAGAAGGUAAAGAAGAAAUUUACACGCGUGACUACAACGAACCAGUGUAUGAAGAUAAAGUCGACAAGGAGAACUUGCCAAAGGUGCUUCGCGUAAGGAGGGGUAAUUUCGGCAAGCAGGGACAAACCAAGUACACCCACUUGCUCGACAACGACACCUCCAGGAAAGACUCGCUCUGGGCGAACCGGGAUAUGGAGGACCGCCGCGCCCGCCGGAAGGAAGAUUUGUUCGAGCGCCCUACCUACCGGAAGGGAUAA